GAAAAAUCAUACUCAGAGCUCUCCGGCAUAGAGCUAUAUUGGAGAGAUCGCCAAAAAUUCUUGGAAACUCGUGGCUACAUGUUACGCCCCCGAUUCUGUCCUGGAUGGGUGCCUUCGUGGACGGGAACGGAUAAGCAUCCUGUAUUGUGCGAUGAUUCCAGGGAACUCUUCGUGCGUCGGCUGUCACCAAUUGGUAACGAUUCCAUUGACGCCAGGAUCAUGGCUACAGGGCAGCUAGUAUACAUCAAGAAGGUCGGGACUGGGGAUGAUGGAUCGCGCCUCGCCACCAUACUAUGGGAACAGCCCCUCCGCAACGAUCCAGCCAAUCCUUGUGUUCCCAUCUUGGACAGCUUCAUCGACAACGAGGAUUCCAGCAUAUCGUAUAUGGUGAUGCCUUAUCUACAUUGCUUUGAUGACCCAGAUCAACCAGAAAUUGUGGAUGAUUUAGUGGAUCUAGCGGACCAAGUGUUACAAGUAAGUGUCACUAUGCCUCCUUGGGUUCACAUUAUGAUGAACGUGAACGCAUGCUACCCGCGCGACCUAUUCUUCCGCAUUAGCUCGAACCAGAAGGCGGCACCAAUCCCUUGGUUUCGAAGACGCGCGCAAAUCAAGUACUACUUCGCAUACUCUAGCAUCGCCGUUCAUAUUCCUCUGGAGGUGGAACCCAAGCUCGCGAUACCAGCCUUCGGCGGCGACAUCCAUGUGCCUGAGGGUCGUAACCAAGUCCCGUGUGAUCCGUUCAAGACGGACAUAUUCAUGGCAGGCAACCUGCUCCGUCGCGAGUUCCGUGAUAGAUACUCUAACGUGGAAUUCCUCCUCCCGCUGAUCAAGUCGAUGACCCAAAAGAAUCCUGCAUUAAGACCGACUGCGGCCGAAGCUUUUGCACAGUGGCAGAUCAUUCGUUCUCGCAUUCCAUUCCUUCACAGGGCGUGGGGAAUGCUUCGCCGUCACGACAAUCCCAUAAUCAAGGCGAUGAGUGAGAUCUACGCGUUCGGUCUGGCGGUUGUUCACAUCACUACAAAGGCUAUUGAUCGCGUAGCAGGUCUACAAGGCUGA